CUCCAGCUCCCGGCAGUCCGGAAGUCGGUGCCGCCCCGCCCCUGGCAGUCCGGAAGUCAGUCGCCCCACCCCCGACCCCGGAAGUCGGCGGCUGGUUGUCCGCCGCGAGGUCCCGGCCCUGCGCUCGCGCCCGCCGGGUCGUGCGCUCGCCCGUCUCCUGUUGAGAGUGGUGCCCUCGCGGUCCAGGGAUGUACAUGCAGGUGGAGUCACGCACCAGCUCCUGCCUCCAUCUGAAGAGGGCUCCAGGCAUCAGGUCCUGGUCUCUGCUUGUUGGAAUCUUGUCUAUUGGCCUGGCUGCCGCCUACUACAGUGGAGAUAGUCUGGGCUGGAAACUCUUCUACGUUACGGGCUGCCUGUUCGUGGCCGUGCAGAACCUGGAGGACUGGGAGGAAGCUGUCUUCAACAAGGGCACCGGGAAGGUUGUGCUGAAGACGUUCAGCUUGUAUAAGAAGCUGCUGACUCUUUUCCGAGCUGGUCACGACCAAGUGGUGGUCCUACUGAAUGACAUCCGGGACGUGAACGUGGAGGAGGAGAAGGUCCGCUAUUUCGGGAAGGGCUACGUGGUGGUGCUGCGGCUUGUGACGGGCUUUUCCCACCCUCUCACCCAGAGUGCCAUCAUGGGUCACCGCAGUGACGUGGAAGCCAUUGCCAAGCUUAUUGCAACCUUCCUGGAACUGCACCGCCUUGAGAGCCCCGUGGAGCUGUCUCAGAGCAGUGACAGUGAGGCUGAUGGUCCAGGGAGCCAGAGCUGAUGCCCGCAGAGCCCCUGGCCUUGGUUCUGGUGGCACCCUCGUGGGCCUCCUGGGCCACCAGCAAGUCUUCCUCCAGCGCCUGGCUGUGUCCCUGGCAGCCCCGGGGUGGGACCCUCAGCCAUUCCUGCUGCUUGCUUCUGUCCUCUGAGGACGCCACAGGCUGGACUUGCUCUGCGGGCUUUGAGGUGUCCGGGGAGGGCAUGAGCCUCAGAUCUGCCUCUUCCUGGCAUCGGACAGCUCCAGACUGGGCAGCGUGGGGACCGGGUCUCUGGAAUGGGAAGGAUGCCCAGGCUCCCCAGGGUGGGGAGGAAGGUUUGCCAGCACUGGCUCCCCCUGAGCUGUUCAACCCCCUGGUGCAGCAGGUGAGCACAGGGCCAGCAGCUGGAUCAGGCUCUGAGGAUGCCCAUGCUGGCGUAUUGUCCCCCAGGAAUCCCAGUGCUCCCUACACACAACCUCCCUUCCCCGGCUGGAUGUCCUCAUUGGUUAGAGAGGUCCUUCCUUGCCCAGGGUCUGCAGGGCCCAGGGCAGAUGGCGAGGGUCCUGUCUGGCUGUGUGCACUGUGGCCACGCCUGAGACCUCCCCAGCCCACAGACAGCAGUCUCCACCCAGGAUCACGGCUGGGCUGUCACAGGGCAGAGAAGGCCUCAGCCUAGCCGAAGCCUGCUGGUCACGAGGAGGCUCUCUUGGCUUCACGGUGGGCCUAAGCCAGGGCAUCUCCCUUAAGAAUCAGGUCCUGGCUUCUUGAACCCAGGCAAGAGGUGGGCUGGGCCCACAGCUGCCCCUCAGUGGGGCCCAGGGCCGCAGGGCGGCAAGGGCACCUCUGAGCAGGCCCUCAGGAGGCUGUGUCUAGGAAUGGUCAGGACACAGAGCACUGCAGUGUCCCCAGGCCCUGGGUGAGUGAGGACAGUAGUUUCUAGGAAGCGAGAGAAACGAGACACUCCCUCUUCUCCAUGGUGGCCGCCAACUAGCCCUGAUUUGAGAACAUAGUCAUUUAUACAAGCCAAAGUUAGGUUUUUAAGUCGUUAAGUCUGAAAGCCUUUUUCUAAAAUAAAGUAUGAAAUGUCAUAA